AGGAAAGUAUGUAAUGUAAAAAGGGAAGGUCAGAGAGAAUGGAGGAGAAACAUGUGCCAGGAUUGCUACACCUCUCGCUCCCUUUUUUCUUUUCUUUCACAUAGCUGUGGUAGCAGAUUGUUUUCUUUCUAUCGCUUUUUGUUUUUUUUCCUUUUUUCUCCUCUUACGCCCCCCCACCUCUUCCUCUCUCUCCCUGCGUCUCGCUGUGACUUCCAACAAAAGGCUGACGGAGCGAGCCUGACGUCUGAAUGAAUAGCCCGAACCUGCUGUAAAGAAGGAGAAGAAGGAGGAGAGAGACGGAGCCGACCGAGAGGAGGCUGGAGAGAAACGGAUACGAGUGAUCCAGCUGAAAAAAGGGGGGGGGAAAGAGGGAAAAAAAAAAAAAGACAAGUGCCGAUCGCCGACCGGAGGGAGAAAAAAAGAAGAAAGAUCCUUUAAUUUUCCUCCUCCUCUCUGGAGAUUAAAAGAGUUUAAGGAUCCGUUUUUGACCGCACGAGCAGAGAGCGGGGAGAGUGGCCAUCGUCUCUCUUCUCCGCGUCCCUCCCCCUCGCCCGCUGCCCUCUUGUGCCACCAUCCAUUUUUCUUCUCUCCCCCCACCACCAACACCAACAGUACCAGUCAUCUGAGAAAUGGAACUUCUUGGGGUGAGGUGACGAAGGAGGACAGAUUUGGAAACGAGCAGCGGGGGAGCGAGACAAGCGAUAGAGGACAGAAGGAGGCUGGAGCAGGAGGAGGCAAAGGGAGGCAGAGAGGAGAAUAACCCCAGGGCACAGUGUGUGAGAACACACCAACGCCCAAAUCUGCUUUCUGUCCGUCACCUCUAAAAUUUCCUUCUGCCAUGUGCAUUACCUGAUUUCAAGAAUGAGGAGACAGCAUUUCCCAGGUAUCCGGCCCCAGAUUAUGAAUGGGCCUAUGCACCCGCGCCCCCUGGUGGCGCUGCUGGAUGGGCGCGACUGCACCGUGGAGAUGCCCAUCCUCAAAGACCUGGCCACCGUGGCUUUCUGUGACGCCCAGUCCACGCAGGAGAUACACGAAAAGGUGCUGAACGAGGCCGUGGGGGCCAUGAUGUACCACACCAUCACCCUGACCAGAGAGGACCUGGAGAAGUUCAAGGCGCUGCGCAUCAUCAUACGCAUCGGCAGCGGCUACGACAACAUCGACAUCAAGGCCGCCGGGGAGCUCGGCAUCGCAGUGUGUAACAUUCCUUCAGCAGCUGUAGAAGAAACGGCAGACUCAACGCUUUGUCACGUCCUUAACCUGUACCGGCGAAACACCUGGCUGUACCAGGCUCUCCGGGAGGGCACACGGGUCCAGAGUGUGGAGCAGAUCCGGGAGGUGGCGUCGGGGGCAGCCAGGAUCCGGGGCGAGACACUCGGCCUCAUCGGAUUUGGGCGUACAGGCCAGGCGGUAGCCAUGCGAGCCAAGGCGUUUGGCUUCAACGUCAUCUUCUACGACCCUUACCUGCAGGACGGCUUGGAGCGCUCGCUCGGAGUCCAGCGGGUCUACACGCUGCAGGAUCUGCUGUACCAGAGCGACUGCGUGUCCCUGCACUGCAACCUGAAUGAACACAACCACCACCUCAUCAACGACUUCACCAUCAAACAGAUGCGCCAGGGGGCUUUCCUGGUCAACACGGCACGGGGAGGCCUAGUGGAUGAGAAAGCUCUGGCUCAGGCCCUCAAAGAAGGCAGGAUACGCGGCGCUGCGAUGGACGUCCAUGAGUCGGAGCCUUUCAGCUUUUCCCAGGGCCCUCUCAAAGACGCCCCCAACUUGAUCUGCACGCCCCACACCGCCUGGUACAGUGAGCAGGCGUCGCUGGAGAUGAGGGAGGCCGCUGCCACGGAAAUCCGCAGAGCGAUCACCGGUCGCAUUCCCGACAGCCUGCGGAACUGCGUCAACAAAGAGUUCUUCGUGUCCACGGCGCCGUGGGGGAUGAUGGAGCAGCAGCAGCAGCCCCAGAUCCACCCAGAGAUCAACGGCGCCGCCUACAGAUUCCCUCCCGGAGUGAUGGGCGUCGCACCCGGCGGGAUAAUCGGACCUAUGGAGGGAUUGGUGCCUGGGGGCCUGCCCAUCGCCCACACGCUCCCCCCGGGCACCCAUCCGUCACAGGCUGCCUCUCCGCAUCAGCCCUCCAAACACGGCGACCCCAUGCGAGAGCACAUGACUGAGCCGUAGUAGGACCGCCGCCGGAGCUGACGAGGAUCACGAAACCAGUGUAAAAACCAAGGAUCCGACCGAGUCAACCCAUCCAAACAUAAGCUUGACUUCAGCCAUCUGGACCUACCAGCAAACUGCCUGUGGGGCAAUGUGUUACGCACUCUGUUUUUUUGUUGUUUUUUUUUUUUGUAUGAAACCACUAGACCCAAGUGAGGACAGUGGACGCCGGUGCACGCCUAAGCUGCCACACCAAGAUGGGACUGAGCGACUGUCAAACUCCUGGGCAGAAGAUCCAAACUCUCUCCCUGUUUCAGAUUUGAUUUUGCCUCCUGAUUGGGGGAAAAAAAAAAGUGAAGUUUUUCUUUAUAUUGUUACCAUUCCGUCUAUAUUAUGGAGGUUUUCCUCUGACUUCUGGGAUGUGUUACCAGGAACUAAAGGCAGAACGGAAACCUGAUCCCCGUCCUCCCUGGACCGUGUCAAGACUAAUUUUCCCUUUAGUUUUUUUUUCUUUUUUUUUCUUCACACUUCUGCUCAAAUACAUGUUUUUGUUUUACUCCAUUCUGAAUGUUUAUUUUCCUGUGCUUCUGUUGAAAAUCGGUAUCUGGUUUUUUUUUUUUUUUUUUUUUUUUUUUUUU